UAAUCUUUUUUCACGAACGCGUAAAAUAAUUGCACGUCAAUAUAUUAAACGAAUCUAUAAAAUUAAUCAAGUUUAUAGUGAAAUCUAACAACUCUUAAAACAUCAAAUUAGAUCCAUUAAAUCUAAUAUUAAAUAUAUUUUGAUAGCAUGUUUGUUUGCUGUUGAAAAUAUUAUCAUGUUUUUCUGUAAACUUAAUCAAAAUUAUAUAAAUUUGACUUAGAAAAAAAGUUAAAGCUCUUACGAAAUGAAGGGUGUACAUGUUUGGGCUUUGGACAACUACAUCUGUAUAUAAGUUUGCCCUCAAAUCUGAGUUUAAGUGCACCACCUUGUGGCCCUCCAGCGCGCGCAUAUAUAUAUAUAUAUACCAGCCUUUCCCACAUAGAUCAUCCAACCAAUAGCUAACCACGAAAGUGCAAGUGAGACUAACCUUGUACCUGUAGUGAGUACUGGUGAUGAUGGCUGCGAGUAACGGAGAGGAACCUCCUAGCACAUCCAUGGCAACAAGUUCUUCUCCAUUGCCCAUGGUCGCUCAACUGAUGGUCACCACAGACCGUGCUGUAAGCCAGCAGCUGAAGGAUCUAGUGAAUAAGGAAAACUCCACUACCAUGGUGGCGGCGUUGUCCUUAAGUAGAGAGGCUUAUGAGGUGGCGAUGGCGUUGAAGAACGGGGAGGAGCAUCGGCAAGGGAGAUGCAGCGGCAAGGGAGAUGCAGCGGCAAUGUUGAUGAUGAUGGCGUCCAAAAAAGAAGACGCCGCAAAGCCUUCCACUGCGUCCAUGAACCCCCUGUUGCUAUCACUAGCAUCGCAGGGUCGUCUAAAUGAUUAUGAUGCAGAGUCGGGCAUGGAUCUGGACGGGGUCACCACUGAAGGGAACACUGCACUCCAUGUUGUGGCCACCUGCGGUGAUGGCCCGGGCUACUUGAGGAGUGCAGGCGUCAUCUACAGCAGGUCCCAACAUCUCAUGUUAGUGCAGAACAACAACGGUGACACACCUCUGCACUGCGCUGUCCGGGCUGGCCAUUCCAAAAUGGUUGAUCAUCUAAUUGAUCUGGUUGAAACUAAGGACAACUCCCCUAGCAGCGCGAGACUGGAGGAACUCCUGAGAAAGGAAAACUGCCGUAAGGAGACGGCCUUUCAUGAUGCCGUCUGCAUUGGAAAUAAGGAUAUAAUCACCAACCUUCUUAAAUAUUAUUCAGAAUUGGCCGGCUUCCUUAUGGAUGCAACAGGUACUUCACCGUUGUACCUAGCUGUCUUGCAUCAACAGGUCGACAUUGCAAAGUUAUUGCAUCAAAUGACAGACGGGAAUCUUUCGUACUCUGGCCCAAAUAGACAAAAUGCAUUGCACGCAGCCGUUCUACAAGACCAAGACGAAAACCCAUUUGUAUCCCACAGGAAAGAUACCACGAGGAGUAGGCAUUACAGCCGAGAAUACAUCUCUUUUGUAAAGCGAGGCUAAUUCUGCGUCAGUUGCGUCCUUCCAUUUGUUCCAGUCAGAGCGCUUUUGGCACUCUUUUAUAGACCUAGGUUCUGGAUCAACUUGCAGGCAAUCAGCAAUUUAUUCAGAAAAAUUAAUGUCAACAAUUGUAGCUCUUCUAUCAAAAGAUUCUCCAGUUUCCGAGUAGUUGAUGGCAAUUUCAUCAACCCUUAUAGACUCAUUGUGAUUUCCCAAAACAAUGUGUCUAUGGUCUUCUGAAUUCCUAGUCUCAGCAUUAUGCACAACUGGGCUAGGUUGCAGAUUAUCACGAUCUGCUUGAUACAUAGUAUCAAUUUGGUGUGUACCAACUUAAGGUUGGUUUGCAUUUAUUGUCUUUCUUUUCUUGCUAGCAACUGUAUCUCGCUGAGUGGCCAAACUUCUUCCUCUCUUUUUAGUGAGUGGAAGUUGAGUGGUUUUAUUUGGUACCUCCACUCUUUCUAGCGCAUUCUGAGCAGGAAUGAAAGAUUUAGUAACACCUUUAUAAUUAGUAAAUGCAUCUGGCAGGUUAUUUGCAAGUCUUUGCAAAUGUAUAAUUUCCUAAACUUGAAGUUCAGUUUCAGUAGUGCGUGGGUGUGAGGCUGGAAUACCCUGGGCAUCCCAAUCAAUUUCCUGUCAUUCUUUCUGGUACUUGAAGUCUCCCGCUAAUGCCGGGAAAUUUUCCUCAUCAAAGAUAGAGUCAGCGAACCGGGCAGUAAAUAGAUCACCUAUUAAGGGUUUUAAAUACUUUAUGAUCGACGGAGAUUUAAAUCCCACAUAGAUCCCCACUUUCCUGUGUGGGCCCAUAGCGGUACGAUGUGGUGGUGAGAUCAGUAUGUAUACAAUACAACCGAACUUACACAAAUGGGAAAUACUUGGAGGAUUUCCACGUACUAACUGCAUUGGGGAAGUUUCACGAUAUGCAGUUUCCUCAAUGCAGUUGGUCGUAGUUGGACAAGGUCAGCAGUGUGCAGAACUACAUGACCACAACACAACGAAGGUAAUUUGCAGUUUAUCAAUAAUGGUCGGGCAAUAAGCUUAAUUCUUUAGAUCAAUGAUUCAGCCAAACCAUUUUGUGUGUGGACAUAUGGAACAGAGUGUUGAACCUGAAUUCCCAAUGCCAUACAAUAAUCAUCGAAAGCAUGAGAUGUAAAUUCGGCAGCGUUGUCUAUACGGAUUGAUUGAAUCCUAUGUUCAGGAUAAUUUCCCUUCAGCCUUAUAAUUUGAGACAUUAGUUUGGCAAAGGCAUGGUUUCGUGUCGAUAGAAGACACACAUGAGACCAUCUAGUAGAUGCGUCAAUCAAAACCAUAAAGUACCUGAACGGUCUAGAUCUUGGCACCAUAGGGCCACAGAUAUCUCCUUGAAUGCGUUCAAGGAAUUUAAGUGGUUCGGCUCUAAUUUUGAGAUAAGAUGGUCUCAAAAUCAGUUUCCCAGUAGCACAUGCUGUGCAUACGAAAUCAGAGUAUUUGGGAAAUUUGUCAGUGAUCAAAUGAUGACCAAUAGAAUUGUCAAUAAUUUUUCUCACCAUCCCGAUACCGGGUGCUCAAGUCGAUCAUGCCAAGUGUGGAAUGCAUCAACAUUUUAAAAAAUCACUUUGUACACAACAUGUGCAAUGGGCUUAAUGUAUGUAUAGUACAAUCCCAAUGUGAGAGAUGGAAUUUUCUCGCAAAUGCGUUUGCCAUAUCCCUUUUGUUUGGUUAAGAGAAGAAAUUCUUCUCGAUUAUGCAUAUGGGUUUCAAUGUGAAACCCAAUUUGACGGAUAUCUCUAUAACUUAGUAGGGUAUGGGUUGAAUCAGGAUACAAUAAAGCAUCCUCGAUUGUAAUUUGUGUAUCCAUUGGGAGUGUAAUAGUUGCUCGUCCUGAGCCAAAUAUCACAGUAUCGCGCCCAGCGAUAGUCAAAACUUUGCCUUCUCUCUUUUUGAGAGCUUGAAAGUAUUUGAUCUCCCUAAGUAUAGAGUUUGUGGUACCACUGUCCACAAGACAUAAUUCAUCUCCAAUCGGAGUCAUAUCCUUAGACAUCUAUAGUGAAAGAAGAAUUGCUUAGUGAAGAAUUCUUUAUCCACAAUAUAUACAUACAUACAAUAAUUAAAACAUCAAAUACAUAGUAUGAUGUUUACAAAUGUUAUAAGUACAUACUCUAAUGACUAGCAAGUCUUACAACCUUAUAAUAUAAGGGAGUUUGUACUUAUCUACUUAUUACAACCAAUAUUGUUUUGACAAACUAUAGGAUAUCAAUAUAAUGUCUCAAACACACUGAGAUUAAAGCAGCUUUAUCUCUAAGUGGGGUGCACUGCGAUCAUAGUAAAUCUCCAACUGGGUCCGUUGAGCAGUACUCGAUGAGCAUGUCAUCCAUUGCAGAAAGUGCCGCGGUAUCCUCUAGGAGAAGAGCGAGGUUGUUCUCUGGUUCAAUAGGAGCCUGGUGAGAACUUUCAAUCUCAGGUUUUUCUUUUGUAAGAUUGAAGUGAGCUUCAACCUGGUGAGAACUUUCAAUCUCAGGUCUUUCUUUUGUAAGAUUAAAGUGAGCUUCAAAUCUUAGUUCUUUAGAAGAUUUAUUUUUCUCCUUUAGGGAUUUCUGAUACAUGAGAACAAGAUGUUUUUGGGA